AUGGAUUCGCAUGUAAGCGAGGAGAAAUCUCACUCACCUGUGAAGAUGGAAUCGUAUCGCGGUAUAAAAAUACAAAAAUACAGCAUUUUUGAUUUCAUGUUUACGAUGGGCUCGAUGUUGACUUUUUUGGCCGAUAUUUGCACUGACCUGUUGGUGUCAGUACAGUACCUGACCGACGGACACUACUGGUGGAGCGGACUGACUUUCAGCUUUGUUUUUAUCCCGUCCAUUAUAAUGCAACUGUUUAGUCUUCGGUGGUAUGUGUCCGAUCAUCGAAAUACCGAUGACCAGGAAGACGGGAGCGUCAAGAAAACUAGCACAUGCCUGGAAAAAUUCUUUUGGGCUCUCUUUCAUGUUUUGCAGCUCGGUCCAUUGAACAGUUUACUGGAAUCGUUUAUGGAAUCAGCUCCACAAUUAGUUCUACAGUUGUACAUCAUGGUGAAAAUAGAAGAUAUUUACUGGUUAACAGUCAUCUCUGCCUGCGUUUCCCUCAUCGCCUUAGCCUGGGCAUUGACAGCAUACCACAAAGCUCUCAGAGAAUCUCGCGAUGAUAAAGAAAACAUUCAAUACUGUGGCAUACUGUUCCAGCUAAUAUGGCGACUCUUCACCAUCGGGGCUCGCGUAGUUGCUCUUGCACUUUUUGCAACUACAUACCUGUGGAUUGUGUUCAUUGUCGUUAUUAUACACUGGUUUGCGAUGUUUAUGUGGCUAGUGUUUCAAAAAACCCAAUUCUGCUUGACACAAACAGAAGAGCUUAUCUUUGAUGCUGUCAUCGGAAUUGUUUAUAUUUUCUGCUAUUUCAACAUGAAGGAAGGACGAAGUCGAUUCCGUAUGUCUGCAUUUUAUAGCAUUAUUUUUUUGGAGAAUACAUUAUUGAUUUUUCUCUGGUACUUAGGACGGGACAAAGACUAUAUUUACACAAUACCGGCAAUAUUAAUCGUCACGAUUGGAUUUUUGAUUGGUAUAAUCUUCAUGGUGCUAUAUUAUCUUCUACUUCAUCCCACUGGUAAUAUUCAGUGCUGUGUACGACUACAAACUAAAAGUACGUCAUUACAUUCUAUUCAGCUUGAUACUGUUGUGGAUGGACAAAGUGAUCGCGUUGAUGGUCUGCGAACAAAACAGGUUUUCAUGAGUCCUUGUGAGGCACACUUCUUUAAGCGUCAGCAUAGAUCACUGACGUGGGGCGGUGGCUGGCAGAAUAUGCAGUUAGCUCGUAAUAGUGCACAUGCUGAUACCAAUAAUGUCGCUGUUCAUACAUAUAGUGCGUUGCCGCAGAAUGUCAUUUAUGAUGAAGUUGAUAAUGUUAGUGUUGAUAGUCAGAAAGAGUGCGAGGCCACUGUCUAG